CUCCGUUUGCCCCCCGCCCCCCCGGGGUGGGUGUGCAUUGUCGACGCUGCUACUGUCUCUUUAAAUUUACCCAGGAGCCCCUUAAGGAGCCCCAGGGGCCCCUAGUCCGGCUCCCCACCCUGAAGACAAGCAAGAGCCUUAAAAUACAUGACUGGAGGCCUGCGCUGAGGCGCUGACACACACACAGGACGGAGGAGCGGCCGGUGUUCGCCCGCGGAUUCAUGAUUGUGUGAUUAUAUGAAAAGUUAACUUGGCUCCCGUGCGGGGCGCGUGCGGGGAGCGGGGAGGGGGGGGACACCGUACAGCACGGGCUCCUCUGCUCCGCGAUGGGCUCGUUAUAGAGCGCCUGCCAGAUGCGUGUCGAACGGUGCCGAGCGGUGUGGACAUGUUACUGUCGGUAACGUGUUGUCGUUAAAGAGUGACAUGUCCCGCUUCAGCGCUACGGUACAGUGAAGGAAGGAGGGGACACGAGCCACUAUUAACGCGGCAGCCAGGCCAGUGAUGGAAGAGAAAGAGACGGGGGGAAGCGAGCCCGUGGACCUCCGGUGUGCCGAGCAGGCUGAGCUGCUCUCAUUAAUAAUAAGCGGGGAGGAGGAAGCGACGCAAGAGGAGAGUGACUUGGGAGAAGAGGACGGUCUUGCCAAUGGCCACGGUGGGGAGGAAUCAGAGGCCGGCAUGGUCACCCCCGUCAGGUCUCCAGGCACCAGCUACUGGAGCAUCACAGAGGGCCCGGACCAGCCGCUCCUCCUCUCCCCGGCACCUGGGCCCUCCGGACGUAAACCCAGGGUCCAGAGGGCGUCACGUCCAGGCCUGAGUCGGAUCCCGGGCCGCGACCACCGCCGAUACUACCACGAGUACUGGCGUAGCGAGUACCUGAUGGACUUUGACCCCCAGCGGCACGGGAUGAUCUGCAUGGUGUGCGGCAGCUCUUUGGCCACCCUGAAGCUCAGCACCAUCAAGAGGCACAUCCGACAGAAGCACCCGGACUCCCUGCUGUGGAGCGUCGCUGACAAGGAGGUCAUCCGCUCUGGGUGGGAGAGCCACCUGAGUCUGGGGGGAGGUCAGAGGUCGUACAGCUCUGCCGCUGGACCGUCGCCUCAGGAAGAAGAGGAGCAGCUGGACUCGGACCAACACGCUGCCGCAGAGCCUCCGUACCCUGUGACACCGGAGGAGCAGCGACAGCAACCUCCGUCUCCCCGCUCCGAGGAGGGCGAAGCCCCGCAGCUUGAAGAAGUCGAGGGGCAGGACCUCCCCGGGCCGUCUGCACAGACCCUGGAGCGCUACCUGAACGACUCGCUGCACGCCUGGUUCCGCCAGGAGUUCCUGAUGGAGUACGAGGCGGAGGCCGGCCGGCUGCUGUGCAUGGUGUGCGGAGGAGAGCUGCCCUCUCUGCACCUGGACCACAUCAAGAGCCACGUGUUGGACACCCACCCCAACUCCUUGGUCUACAGCUCCGAGGAGAAGCACUGCAUCCUGCAGGCCUGGGCUCAGACUCACGAAGAGCCAGAAAACUCAAUCAAAUCAGAGCCCGACACCAAAGAAGGCGGGGUGGACCUCUUCGCUCAGGAUGUGGAGGCCAUCCAGAUCAACACUGACUUAUACCCAGAAGGCGAUGGCACUUUAACUCAGGACACUUGUCUUAUCGGCGAAGACGGAGGCGUCGGAGCUCCACAACAGGGACCCCAACCCCUCCGCCAGCCCAGGAAGAGGCGGCUGCGUGGGGGCAAUCCGUGGCGGCUCCGCCUCGACUACCUGGUGGCCUACGGGCCUCAGGGCCGGGGCAUGUUCUGUAUGGUGUGUUCUCAGGUCCUGCACGAAGCCAAGGUGAGCAGCUUCCGCCGCCACAUCCAAGAAUGUCACCCCGAGACCACCACCCUGAGCCGACAAGAAAGGGAAGCCAUGGCUGCUGCCUGGACCAAAGAUUACUCCAGUGAAGGCACGCAAGUCCAAGACGCAGAAAUCAACCCGAGCGGCGUAGCCGAUGUCCUAAACACCUCAGGAGAGACGGUUGAGGACGCCUCGCCUGACGUCAGAACACCCAGCAAAAAAGAGAAGAAGGAGGAGGGUGUGAGCGGAGGUAAGGGUAAAGCGAGGGACAGCGGCGCUGUGGGCACGCCCUCCCGUCACGGCCACUACCCGGGGAAGGACCAGCGCAGGAACUACCAGGUGCGCUGGCGGAUGGAGUACCUGAUGGAUUACGACUGCCGCAGACACGGCCUCAUCUGCAUGGUGUGCGGAGCCACUCUGGCCACACUGAAGGUCAGCACCAUCAAGAGGCACAUCCAGCAGGUACACCCCCACUCGCUGUAUUACAGCCCAGAGGAGAAGCAGCAGGCCCUGCUGAGCUACAACCAGACUGCCCUGCACUUCAUCCACUCUGACGACUGCUUCUCCUCCCAGGACCACGGACACACCGAGCUGGCCCCCACUCCGGCUAACUUUGGCACUUAGAAAGGGCUUCCGUCCGUUGCUCCUCACGUGGCCCUCCACCUUCUUUGAAGAGGAAUUCGAGUGUUUGUCAGACAGGGUCAGAGUGCAGCUGCUGGUGAGCCGUGCUCAGAAUGGUUAGAGAAGACCCAGCUUUACAAUUUCUCUAUUGUCCCCUUUAAGUCUGGAUCUGAGAGUCGUGCUGUGACAUCAGUGGCAGGUAGAAGUGGAAAGUCCAGCCACUCAUUAAACUAAAGCCUCAUGCACACCAUCCGUGUCACUGAGGACCUGCUCUGUUCUCCUUACUCACAUCAAUCAGCAUCUGUGACAGUGACAUUUGAGAGCUAGGCUAACAGUAUGUUAGCGGUUAGCUCUGCAGAGAGCAGUCAUCUCUGUGUCAGCGAGCGCUUCGCCUGUCUUGACACGCAAAUUUGGCUUCAGCACUUUCUGCUCUGACCUCACAGUGAAACCAGGCUUUAGACAUUCAACUCCUCCAUGAGUGUGUGGACGUUUGUUUUUUAACUCCUGAGCGGCAGAUUUGUAGUCACUGUAUGUGCGGUGUAACUUUCAGAUCCAGGAGGGGGACCCAGGACUUGUUUCUGGUUGGGGGGGCCAGAGUCUUUCGCUCUCAGGAAGGUUAGAAACCGAGUGUUCGGCGAGGCCGAGGUGAAUUAGUUUUACGAUCACGUGUCGGAAGACAACGCAGCACUUUUGCCCCCCCCCCCAAAAAAAGUACUAAAGCCAGCCAUGGGUCUGUACAGCCCGUUAAAUGAGACUGUGUUCCAUGUUAUUGCUGAAGACAAUGAAUGCCAGCAUGCAGUUCAGUGAGUUCAUUUCUUUAAUAUUUAAUUCUUUGUUUACAGCGGAGGAGAAGGACGGCCUCCUCUCUCAUCCUUUAUAAUGAGAUAUGUUAUCUCUGUCAGUCUGCAUCGUUUGCUACACCGGCCUGCAUCCUCUUCAUCAUCUAGAACUCAUUUGAGCUAAAGCUGCACACAGAAAGAAAGAAUAUGUAAAUAUAUGAAAAAAUAGAUUAUUUUUCCUUUAUACAAGCACUUUUAUGCACCCUGGUUUCUACAAACGUCUUUGUAAUUAUGUCCAGUUUUUCUACUUCACUCAAGAUGUGGUUUUCUAACAGCUGGAGAACAGCUGGCUCAUUGGACUUUUACUUUUUUCAUUUUCUCCAUUCACUGUGCGAAGUGUAUGCAACAAGAGAACUCCCCAACAGCCGGCCAUGAAAUGUCACCUGUUCACCUGGAAAAAUGUAACUCAGGGAUUCUGUUUUCAUCAACGACCAUUUCAUCAUCCGUGAUCUUUUAGGAACACAGAGGCUUGUUGACGUGUGAACACGCUGGGUACACGUGUCAGCUUUGGAUGGACAGGUGAUGCUAGAGUACGACAGAGUGUCAGAGCCACUGUUACAGCUGCAGGUCAGAACCUUCAAACUGCCCAAACAGCGGCACCUGAGAUCCAUGUUCUGGCUCCGGAUGCAAGAACAACCAAUCAGAAGUGAGAAAGAUAGUUGAUUGUCGAGUCUUGAGGUCCUCAGAUACCAACCAAGUUUCAUUUUUUAAUUUCUUUUUAUUUAUUUAUCAAUGAUAAAAGUUACCCUCUGCAGCUUAAACAAAAGUGAGCUUUUGAGAAUAAAGUAAAAUAUUUUGACAGUAAGGUGAAUUAUAUGUAUAUAUGUUAAGAAGGAAGGUUUUGAGGAAAAACUCACAAAGAAAAAAAAAGUUUUGAUUUUCAGUUCUAAUAAAGUUAUGCUGGGAUAGUCAGAAUUUUUGAGAACAAAAUGAUGAUUUGAGAAAGAUACUCUUAAUAUAUGACAUUAAGAAUUGGAAUGAAGUCAGACUUUUGAGAAUUUGAACUGUAAUAUUUGGAAACAGUUUCCUGGUCACUCUGUCGUACAGUGACAGAAUUUGCUCAGCUGAAGUUUUUCAUACUAAACAAAUGAACAGAAGAUCAGUGUGCCUGGACAGACUCCCUGCUGCACUGACGGUCAUCUUUCAUUUCAUUGGUCCACUAAGAGUAGACGAGUUCAGACAACAGCACUUAAUUAUUUAAAAUGAAGUAAGUUACAGUGAAAUGAAUGAAAACGAUUUAUGAUGCAUUUGCUUGUGUGUGUGUGUGUGUGUGUGUGUGUGUUUGUUUAUACGUGUAUGUCUAUGAUGUUGUGGGGAGAGCCUCAUUUUUUUUCUUCACUCUCACUUUCAUCUGUACAUGCCAACAUGUGAGAUAUGCAUUCUCUCCUCAACCAUCUUUGAAUAAAUACUCAACACCGUGACAACGCUUCCUGACUCUUAUUCUGUCUGAAGAAUCUAAUCCAGCCUCUUUCAACAAAAUCAAUGUAAGACGGGAAGUGGGAAGUUAAGCUAGGAAAUUUUGGAAAUAUUCCAAAUUGGAACCUCUGUGGGCAUUAUGGAAAUUUAUGUGAAUUAACUGUAAAUUGAGGGUAAUCUAAACAAAGUGUAUCAUAUCUAAACAUUUAGUUUUGUCAUAAGCAGACAUGCAAAAUAAAACAAUUAAAAAACAUUUCAACAGAUUUAUUUGUCAGUAGAACUUUAUCAAGUUUGAAUUACUUUAUUGAACAAUAUCAUGUAGUCCACGAGCUCAAAUGUGUGUCUUCAAUAGUCUCUGUGUGCUCUGGGCUCUAAAGUGUGGUCCAGGUACAGAAAUCACCUG